CUCUCCCAUGCCCUAUAUAUAUACUCUCUGCAACCAUCGCCUUUCUACUCUGUCAAUCUAUUCAGCCUUUUUCUCUCACACUUGAUUCACUUCCACACACUCAUACAUAAACUUAGUAAACCAGUCACCAGAGCAGUAGCACGCAACCCAUCAAACUGCAUAUCUGGGAUCGUAUAUUGGAUCCAGUUAAAACAUUUACCAUCAAACAACUUUCACUUUUUAGAUAAUCCGAAGAUGAUAACAUGGAAAGACCUCUACACGGUGCUCACGGCAGUGCUGCCUCUCUAUGUGGCCAUGAUCCUCGCCUACGGUUCCGUGCGCUGGUGGAAGAUAUUCUCGCCGGACCAGUGCUCCGGCAUAAACCGCUUCGUCGCUAUCUUUGCCGUGCCCCUCCUCUCCUUUCACUUCAUCUCCACCAACAACCCCUACGCCAUGAACUUCCGCUUCAUCGCCGCCGACACCCUCCAGAAAAUAAUGAUGCUCUUUGCCCUCACGCUCUGGACCAACCUCACCAAAACUGGAUCGCUGGAGUGGAUGAUCACCAUCUUCUCCCUCUCCACGCUUCCCAACACGCUCGUCAUGGGCAUCCCCCUCCUCAUCGCCAUGUACGGUGACUACUCCGGCUCCCUCAUGGUUCAGGUCGUCGUGCUCCAGUGCAUCAUUUGGUAUACCCUCCUCCUCUUCCUCUUUGAAUACCGCGCUGCCAAAAUCCUCAUCAUGGAACAAUUCCCUGAAACUGCCGCCUCCAUCGUCUCCUUCAAGGUCGACUCAGACGUCGUCUCGCUCGACGGACGGGACUUUCUCGAAACAGACGCGGAGGUCGGCGACGACGGCAAGCUCCAUGUCACUGUGAGGAAAUCCAACGCUUCGCGACGAUCCUUCAUGAUGACGCCGCGGCCCUCCAACCUCACCGGCGCCGAGAUUUACAGCCUCAGCUCCUCGCGUAACCCCACGCCACGUGGCUCCAACUUCAACCACGCGGAUUUCUUCUCCAUGAUGGGGUACCAACCACGCCACUCCAAUUUCACCGCCAAUGAUUUGUUCUCUUCCCGUGGACCCACUCCACGACCUUCCAAUUUCGAAGAAACCUCCACGCCUCAGCCCGUCACCGUCGCUUCUCCCCGCUUUGGGUUUUACCCGACCCAGACUGUGCCCGCUGCGUACCCACCGCCCAACCCGGAGUUUUCAUCUGCUCCUACUAAACCCACAACCGUUACCAAGAACCAGAACCAGCAGAAUCCCACUAAAGGUGCCCACGAUGCCAAAGAGCUUCACAUGUUCGUGUGGAGCUCCAGUGCGUCGCCGGUGUCGGAAAAUGCGGGGCUCAACGUGUUCGGGAACACCGACCUUGGAAGCUCCGAACAACCCGACCAGGGUGCCAAGGAGAUCAGGAUGUUGGUGGCUGAUAAUGCCCACGUACAAAAUGGGGAAGCAAACAUCACAGGUGGUUUGGAGUCGGAACUUGGUGGGGAAGAGUUCAAGUUUCCGGUGAACGGAGGAGAACAGGUGGAGGAAGAGAAGGAUAAAGAGAGAGAAAAGGAGGGGCUGAAUGGACUGAACAAGUUGGGGUCGAGCUCCACGGCGGAGCUCCACCCGAAAGUUGGCGGAGCCGGCGAGCCUUCCGGCGGCGGAAAACACAUGCCUCCGGCGAGUGUGAUGACUCGUCUCAUUUUGAUAAUGGUGUGGAGGAAGCUUAUCCGCAACCCCAACACGUACUCCAGCCUCAUUGGUGUGGUAUGGUCCCUCGUUGCCUUCAGGUGGCACGUGCACAUGCCCAAAAUAAUAGAGAAAUCAAUUUCUAUACUGUCUGAUGCUGGUCUUGGAAUGGCAAUGUUCAGCUUAGGUCUGUUUAUGGCACUUCAACCAAAGAUAAUUGCAUGUGGAAACUCUGUGGCUACAUUUGCUAUGGCUAUUAGAUUCCUCACUGGUCCAGCGGUUAUGGCUGCAGCUUCCAUCGCAGUUGGCCUCCGUGGAACUCUCCUACACGUAGCUAUUGUUCAGGCUGCACUUCCUCAAGGGAUUGUUCCAUUUGUAUUUGCUAAGGAGUACAAUGUUCAUCCAGCCAUUCUUAGCACAGCGGUUAUAUUUGGGAUGUUGAUAGCACUUCCGAUUACUCUUGUCUACUACAUUCUUCUUGGUUUAUGAUAUUCCUAAAAAAAAACAUGCAAGUGAAUGUCAACCUUUUGAUAUUUUUGAAAUUGGAGGAACCUGUCACUAACUAGUAAUAAUUUCACAACAAAGAGGAUAUCCGAUUCAAAGUUUUCAAGAGAUUGGGAAAUUGAGAAAGUAUGAGAGUUUGGGAGUUCAUGAUGAUGAUUAAUUUUGAAGAACGUCAAAGAGGAAGGGGAUGAUUGAUAGAGACAUAACAGAGGAAAUAGAGUUAGUAAGUCAAUGAUAACUAUAAAUGGUUCCUUAUUUAUCAGCAGUUUUUGUAAAUUUUAUGAGAAAAUCCCGUUUGGAUCAUCAAAUUAAGAACAUGGUUUAGUGAGUGAGUAGAGGAAACCAAAUUAAUCAGAUGAGAUGAGCCUCAGGAAGUCUUUCAUUUUA